ACAUCUCUCAAUUUAUGACUGUAUAUGAUACAAGAUAGAGAAGGGGAGGAUUUGUGAUGUAUGGAAAUUAAGGCUGACAAAUUAGUGGGAAAGUAAAAAGAAAUUAGUUGAAAGUAAAAUUGUGGAUAUAUAUUUUAAUUGUGGUAAGAGUUUGAGCAAUGGGCAAGGCAAACAGCAAACUCAAACCUGAGGUGUUACAAGAUCUCCGACAGAAUACAGAAUUUACUGAUGAAGAGCUACAAGAAUGGUAUAAAGGUUUUCUGAAAGACUGUCCAAGUGGACAUCUUACUGUUGAAGAAUUCAAGAAAAUAUAUGGAAACUUUUUCCCUUAUGGUGAUGCUUCUAAAUUUGCAGAACAUGUAUUCCGUACUUUUGAUGCAAAUAGUGAUGGUACAAUAGAUUUUCGUGAAUUUAUUUGUGCACUGAGUGUUACUUCACGUGGAAGAUUAGAACAGAAACUAAAGUGGGCUUUCAGUAUGUAUGAUUUGGAUGGCAAUGGUUAUAUAUCAAGACAAGAAAUGCUUGAGAUUGUAACUGCAAUUUACAAAAUGGUCGGAACAGUUAUGAAGAUGCCUGAUGAUGAAUCCACGCCCGAGAAGCGCACAGACAAAAUAUUCCGUCAAAUGGACAAAAAUGCUGACAAUCAGUUGUCACUAGCAGAAUUUAUCGAAGGAGCUAAAAGUGAUCCAUCGAUAGUUAGAUUAUUGCAAUGUGAUCCAAGCUCUGCAAGCUGAAAAUUUUGGCAGGAAAACAUGACAUUGCCAUCUGCAAAACUAGAAUGGAAGCUAAUUCCUUAUUAUCAUGUGUUUUAGAAGACAGAAAACAAAGCACAAUACUCUCCAGGACAUGGUGUUAUCAUAUGUUAUUAUAAGAUAUGUUUUCCUAUGAUUUGUUUGUUAUACAUGUAUUGCAUCAUUGCCUUUGGUACCAUAAUUGAUCAAACUUAAAUGCACCAUAUUUAUUCUAAUAAAUGUCAUACACAUGAAACUUGUAUAUUAAACACAAUAUACUGUACUAUAUUUAUGUACAUUUACUAUGAUAAAUAUGGUGAAUCAGGACACAACUCCUGUGAAAUCCAUUUGAUAGAAUACUGGUACCUGAUUACAUCUCAUUUUGUGGCCUAUAUUUUUUCAUAUUAAUGUUCUUUUUUUACCAUUAAGAAUCACCAUUAUUGUCUGACAUUCAGUCCUCUUUUUAUUUAGUUUUUAUAUGUACAUGUACAGGCACUCAUCUUUAUAAUUAUAUAUGUCAUACAGCUACAUGUUUACUAUUCAAACAGAUUUUUUUGUUUAAAGCAAAACUGCUCUUAAUAUAUUGUUUUAUAUUUUUCACAUGACUGAUAAUGUAAAUUAAAUGGAAGCACAGGAAAAAUAAGGAAGAAAAUGUUAAUUUAAACACAAAGAUGUUGCUUAACUGGAGUUUCAAAAAAGUACUGAAGCUCAAGUUUUGCAUCAAAAAUAUUUUUGCAUUAUCGGUGAUAACAGAUGUAUUAUAAAGAAUUGAUAUGUUUGAUGAUAAUUUGAUAUACAUGUAUACAUUUUAACAUGUCCAGUAUAUAGAGGUGAAAAUAUGUCAACAUAUACUGUCUGAUGUAUAAAUUAUAAAUAUUCAGUCAGUAAAAUUAAAGCAAAAACAACCAAAGAAGUUUAUAUAUAAAAUAUCUGGAGGUUUUGAUGAUUUAAAGACAACCAGCAUAAUUACUACAGGAGUAGGGUGACAAGUUUAAUAUUGACAGGCUUGAGAAAAAGUGUGAUGUGAACAAUGGGAUACUGCAUCUGAAACUUGGAAUAUUAUUCUUGUGUAGGAUAAUACAAAAUGAACUGUUUCCGAAAUUUCAAGCACACUGCUUAAGAGAAAAACCUACUGGUAGGGAAAAUCUAAAUAGGUACUUGAGAUAGGUUGUUGGACUAGAUCCGUGAGUUGUUGCCAAUAUUUUAGCUUGUUAUUGUACCCUAAACAGCUGUACAUUGUUGCUCAACCAUCAUUAUAUUUGUAAAAGAAUGCACAUUCCAUGUUUUAAUGCAAGCUGUUAUAAAUACACAAGUUUUAUUCUGAAAACAUGAUGUAGAUUAUCAGGCAGCAUUGUAAAUGUACCUAGCUUUAAAAAACAACACUAGCAUAAUAAAUCACUCUAACUAAAAACAGUGUUUCUGUUACGAUCUCAUCAUAUAUGCUUUAGUAAAUUCACUUAAUACUGGACAAGAUAAAUUAUUAUACUUGAAAAAUUGUUCUUAUUUUUACUUCAGUUUUAUAUACUUGAAAGUUAAUAUUUUGAGCAUGAAUAAGUUUCAUGUAUUUCAUUCUGGAGAAUUUCAUAUAGCUUUCAGCUAUAAGAGAUGGAGAUAGAAUUAUUUCUAUUGACCUAUAUUCAUCAAUAGAUUUCUUUCUUUAGAAGAAAACUUCCAUUUUGAUGAUUUCAGUAAAGUAGCACAUGCAUUUUGAGAGCCCAUGUUUUUGUAUUCAGUGAGUAUCGAGUUGAAUGGAGGGUCAUUGAUUUUCUAAAUUUUCCAUGUAACAAUUAUUUUGUUAACAGUCAACUUUUGGAUAUUUUGCAAUAUCUUCUGUCAGGAAAUAUAUGUCUCACAAUGUGCUCUAGUCUAAUUUUGGCAUUAAUGUACAAAGAAAGUUGAGAUGUAAGGCAAGCAAGAGAAAACUUUGCUAUCCUGUCGUAAUUCUUUCAUAACAGAAAUAUCAAAAUUAUAUGGGAACAAGUCAUCUUGACAUAACACUGAUUUUUUUUGUUGCAUAAGUUACAACUUAUUUAUCUUACAUCCAAUAUUAAGGGUCUUUCAGAAGUCCAUUUUCUUGACUAUCCAUUACUGGUGUUAAACAUCUACUAGUAUAAAGGAACAUGGUUUCUACCCAGGUAGGGCCAAAACUUACUAUCACUUAAUGGGGAAAUAGACAUCAUUUUCUAGGAGAACAUUUUCUGGUUAGGCACUAGCUGCAGAUAUCUGUUGACUUGUUUUUGUUGUGAAAGAUAAACAUACAUUUAGUGCUUGUCUUUGUAAGACAAAUAUUUACAUGAUGAACAUAGUAACAUGCAUUAUUUUUGUUGUUUUCAUCUUUUGUUAUUAAAGAGAUUAACAUCAUUAUUAACUGUAUUUUAACAUUGUAUGAAUAUUGUCUCAGUAACCAUCAAAUUACCACUAAAAAUCUUACGAAAAAUUUAGAAAAGGUAAUUAGAAAUGUAUUCAAAUGGAACUUUGUAGGAAAAUAAAACAAUCUUUGUCAAUUUUUUCAGUUUAACAUUUGUUGAAUGCUGUCUGUGUAUUAUAGUAAGACAGGUGUUUAUAAAUUGGCUGUG